CCCAUCCAUCGCCAAACCGCCGAAGCGAGCUGCAUUCCAACUCGUCCUGCACCACCUGCAUAUCCAGCCCACCACCCCGGUCGCUCCCCCAGCGAGCAGAAUCAAUCGCUCUGUCAGCCAUUGCUACUAAAUCGCCAUUCUGGCCGUGAAGCCUUCAUCGCGCCCGGCAAUCCCAUGCCACCCAGCAUGGACGCCCAACCAGACCGUCUUUAUGGCUCCCCCGCCGCCAGCGCCAGGCACACCCCAAACCACGGUUCCAGUUCGAGGCCCCGUCGUCGCUCUUCGCUCCCCUUCAUGCCCGUAGACAUCUCCCGUUCAAAAAAGUCUGUCCGCCCCGAGGUUGCUUCCCCCGCAGUCAUCUCUUCUCUGAUCGACUCCCUCUCAGCCAUCUCCGCCUCCACUCAUAACCACUUCGAAAACCUUCCCACCAGCUACGGCGACAGCCAGUCGCUGCCCGUGAGCCCGCAUCCCUUCUUCGACCACGACGCUACUGUGCCAGACCGCUCGCCCUACUACCAAAAUAUCAAGCUGCAGAACCAACUCUAUCCCGACGACGAGGCAUGCGAGCCCCCCGUUAUCCGCACCUCCAAACCUCCAUCCGGUCUGUCGCCUCUUACCGCCCCAAAGAAGAGGGAUAAGGACAAUUCCACCAGGAGCUAUAUCGGUCCUAGUGGAGGAAGCUCUCCGUCUCUGCGCUCUAGUCGUUCGUUGCGGUCGGUGAGCAGCAUUGGGAAUAUAAGCAUCGAGGCCGGAAUACCCAGGAAGCCAUCCAACGCGAGCAUCCGGUCAUCUUCUGAGAGCAAAAGGAGCUCCAAGGGGCACAGGAGUCUGAUAUACAUGCCCUCUUUGGAGCGGAUGCGAAUGAAGGAUGCGGAGCGCAAGCGUCCAGCUCACUCAGGUUCCGAAGGGGCAGCAUUGGGUGAUCCUAUCAAGAAGUCGGCACCUCAACGCCCAGUUGCAGAAGAUACCAUCAAAGAAGAGUCUGUGAUGGGGGAGUCGUCGAGGAGCGCAUCUUCAUCGCAACGUGCAAACCAAGUUAUCAGCCCACUUCGCAAUGGCAUCAAUCUUCUUGGCGGGCCCGACGCAGGAAGCCCCCACGAGCAGGGCCUAAUUCCCGCGCGUGCCUCGUCUCUUCGACACUCGGGUAGUCCGUCCCGAAAGUCAAGGAAAAGUCGCCAUGCACGCAAGACCAAUACCGUACCGGAAGAGGACGAGAGUCCGGAACAUGAGUCAACGGCGAAGGAAAAGGUACCCAGGGAUCUGGCGACUGGUGAAGAUGAGGUUGCGCGCAGAAUCCGAGAGUUGAAGACUCAAAAGAUGCUGCGCGAUAAAAUGGCCGGCAAGCUACCUGUAGGCGCGGAUGCAGGGGCUCCACUUAGUGCAGCAUCCGUUUCAUCACCCUUACCCAGUCGUGAGCAUUCGCCAGCCUCGAGCAUAUCGAGUGCAUCCGCACGGAAAAAGCAAGCCCCUGCGAAGGCGCUCAAAAUCCUGGGCAUUGCCAUGCAGCCUGAUUCUGCGGGCCAGAAUACGAAUGUGUCCCACCUACCAGAAGCGAACGGGACAACUCAGCCCCAGGGAAGUUUCCGGACGCACCGUCACACACGGGCUCAAAGUUCCAUGGGUGACGAUGGCGACGACCUUACCCCGCUCCCCAUCGACUACAAGCUCGCGCUCAAAGCUCUGGACAAUCUGGAUCAACAGGCUACGGGAGAGUCGACAUCAUCCACACGUAGUAGCAGCAAGGACUCCAGUAAGACUGACAUAUCCAGCGCGAGUAUGACCCCACCCAGACGUACGAGGUCGGCCGCUGCUGUGGGCGGUCGUUCAGCGAACGGGCGCAAGCUCAACCACUCCAGCAUGAGAACAGCGAGCGCUGCACAAGUCGACGCUUCCAAUCACGCCAGAAACGCGCCGCCUAGUGCGAGCAGCGACAGGACGGCGCGAUCGGCUAGCGAAGAGAUUACCACGCGCCACUUCUCCUUAACGAUGGAGCGUCCCCUCGCGACAUUACACAGCCAGCAACAACGCCCACUCAAGAAGAAACGAUGGUCACAUCCCGAUUUGCCAGUCAAAGCCGAGAAGAUGCACAACGAUAGGUUGGAUGCUCUCGAGUCCGCCAGAUCCAAAGGCGUUCAAUCGCGCGGAACGUCUGUUCAGAGAACAACACCACAGCCCGUCAUCGAGGAACGCCCGGCCAGCAGAGAUUCAAUUGACAUGGACGUUGACAAGUAUCUUGCGUCCCCGCGCUUGUCACAGAAGAUACGUCACCCUCAAACUGGCCGAAUCAUUUCCUUCUCCGAAGUAGGUGAUCCCCAGGGGUUCGCCGUGUUUGUCUGCGUUGGUAUGGGCUUGACCCGGUUCGUCAUGGCCUUUUACGAUCAGUUGGCUUCCACUUUGAAACUGAGAUUGAUCACGCCGGAUCGCCCUGGUAUCGGAGGGAGCCAGAUUGAUCCCAACGGUACCCCUCUGAGUUGGCCUGAUGAUGUGCUGGUCAUUUGUCAGGCUUUGAAGAUCACGAAAUUCUCUCUCCUCGCGCAUUCUGCAGGUGCUAUCUACGCCCUUGCCACAUCCCUUCGUAUGCCGCAGCAUAUCCGCGGUCGGGUACACCUGCUUGCCCCUUGGAUCCCACCUUCGCAGAUGGAACCUAUCGGCAUUAGUCAAGAUCAACCGCCUACACAGCAAUUGCCUCGCUCUCAACGCUUCCUGCGCGCCUUGCCUCCGUCUCUUCUGAAAGUGGCAAACUCUACAUUCCUCAGUGCCACAAGCGCAAGUCUGCAGCGCACUGGACCGAAGAACUCGCCCAAGACGAGACGGAAGAGUGUCGUCCCACCAGUACUGUCGCAGCCGCAGGAAUCUCCCGCACGACCACCACUCCAGAACAACAGGCGCGAGUCUAUGAUGCAGAUGGAUCAAAUGAUGCCAGAAACUGGCUCACUUUCCAUGGCUCCACCAAAUAUCUCCGACCCUGCCGAGUCACAGGCCCAGAGCUUGGAGGAAGCUAAAUCUCAAGCGGAGCGUGAACGACGACAAGAUUUUGAUGAGCGCCUUACUUUUGCCAUCUGGGACCGCGCCACUGCGAAUGCCAAUCCUGCGACGGACCUCAUUGUGUGUCUGGAGACCAAACAGACAAUCGGUUUCAGGUACGAAGACAUCAACCGCUCCGUAGUCAUACAUCAUGGCAGCAAAGACUCGCGCGUCCCUGCCGAUAACGUGCGCUGGCUUGGUCGCCUGAUGCGCAAGUGUGAGGUUAGAAUCCUCGAAGGUGAACAGCACGGUCUCAUGGCGAGCGCGCAAGUCAUGGGCAACGUGCUUACAGAGCUGGCAAGCGACUGGGAGGAUUGGUCCAGCGUCGUCCAGGGCAAAGCCAACGGAGACCGGGCGGUGUCCAGGAAACGGACCGCUGAGCGACUCCGCAAUAUCACAUCACGGAACGGGCCGGAGCCUAUACCAUCUAAUUGA